UGAUGACAUAGACUUUCUUUUCCUAAAGAAGCAAAAUUUACGCACGACGGCAUUAAUUUCUGCCUGUUAUUCCAUUUAGUUAUGAUUUUCUUUUCAUCCGCAUUCAGAUAUAGUCUGGCUACAGUGAAAAUUAUAUUUUAUAAAUUUCACUAGUGGUUUAUCAGAAUAUAAUCAUCUGAUAUAUUACAAUAAAACACUGGAAAGCAUGAAAUAAUAUUUUCGAUUUAAUAAAAACGACACUGUUUUUAACUAGAUAUAUAAAUCUAGAAAAACUUUUUUGUAUCUUCAUUUUUUUUAGAACGGAGGAAGCAACAAAUUCAUCGGAAGCAGAAGAAUAAAUAGAACACGGACGAAUAUAUCAAAGCGGCAAAUUUCAGAAGCAGACGAAGAAAAAGAUAGCAGAAAGCAGUUAAACAAUAAGAAACACACAAUUUGCAGACGAGGUAGAUAGCAGACAAAGAAAUACGGAGCAAAAAAAUAGGCUAAAAGAUAGAAAUAAAACAACAACAAAAAAAAACAACAACAGACGAACAUAUAUGAAGCAGACGAAAAUAUAGGAAUCGACGAACAAACAGGAAGCACACAGAUAUACAGCAUACGAAGAGAGAACACUGGAAUAAGUUUGACAAUAAAGAUGGGACUUAUUGAGAAUGUGGCUCGUACUGUCUUGAUUGUGGUGAACGUACUGUUUUUGCUACUCGGAUUUUCACUGAGCGUAGUGGGUUUUGUACUGAGGUUCGGGGAGUCACUGUACAAGUCCUAUCUAGAUGUCGGUAUUAACAAACUGAAGGCGGCACUCCAAGACACAAACCUGGACAACUUUGAUGUUGACAGUAUUAAUAUAAAUGAGCUAUUGACAACCGUCGCUAUUGGCUUCAUAUUUGGCGGACUAUUUCUUUUCGGCAUCGCAUUUUGUGGAUGUUAUGGGGCAUUUUCAAAAAGCAAAACCUUAUUGUGGAUUUACGCUGCUGUGAUAUUUAUCUUCGUGGUCUGUGAAAUUAUUGUUAUAGCAGUUCUUUAUGGAAAACCUGAUUUAGUUAAAGAUAGGCUAAAAACGGAGCUGAAAGAUUUUGCCGGGCUAGGGUCCUCAGAAGUUUUUUCGGUCGGAUGGAACAUUUUUAUGAUUCAGUUUAAGUGUUGCGGCGUUGAUAGUUAUCAAGAUUUUGACAGUUCGGCAAGUUCACGGUGGAACUCAGUGACUGUGGGCGGGACUACAUACACACUAGAAUCUCCCAUUGCCUGCUGCAAAAUACUCCCCACAUCAACUACUUUAAACAACUGUACGGUUUCUCCGAUCGAGAAGAGCAGGACCAAUUGUGACAAGGGUUGCUAUGACACGGUGUGGGGAUAUACCCUGGGAAACUCGGCAAUGACCGUGCCCAUACUUGUUGUUUGUGGAUUAAUUCAGGUUUUAUUUUUCAUCAGCGCAAUAUAUUUGUCAAAGACUACAAGCAAAGCCAAAGUAAAGCCACUGUAUUUGAUGGGUCUAGGGAUAACAGCAGUCGGAUUUUUGCUCCGGUAUGGUAAAUCAUUAUACGAACCAUUCCUAGAGACUGGUAUGAACCAGUUACAAGAUGCUUUGAAGGCCACCAGUCUUGCAGAUUUUAACGUAAAAGACAUUGACAUCGGAGAGGUUGUGAUGAGCUUGGCAAUUGGUCUGAUCAUUGGUGGCUUGAUCUUAUUCGGGAUUGCGUUCCUUGGAUGUUGUGGUGCCUGUUGUAAAGUUCGCUUUAUGCUAUGGCUGUAUGCCAUUGUGAUAAUCGUGUUUGUGGUUGUUGAGGCUGUUGGAAUCGGAUUACUCUACGGAAAACCAGACAUGGUAAAGGACCAACUAAAAGACCAACUGAGUGAAUUUAAAGGCCUGGCGUCAUCCGAGGUGUAUUCGCUGGGAUGGAACAUUAUUAUGAUUCAGUUCAAAUGCUGUGGUGUUGACAGUUACACAGACUUUAAGUCAUCCAAAGCUAACUGGGAAAAACCUGGUAUUGGUACUAGUGCUGCUAUCGGCGUUACAUUGGAAUCUCCAGUGGCAUGUUGCAAGGCUUUACCUACAGGAAAGAAUACAAACGAUUUUGAUUGCGCUGUUACACCAACAAGUGCACUUAGUAAUUUUGAAACAGGCUGUUACUCGACAAUUUGGGACCAGUCGUUUGGCAACACAGCCAUUGCCGUACCCGUGCUGGUGAUUUGUGGUAUCAUACAGAUACUCUUCAUCUUUUUUGCCAUAAUGGUGGCAAAGGCGGAGAAUGACAAGGUGGGACCAGUAUAACAACAUGUGAUUGGUUGAUAGAAAAUCAGAGAAAAAUUGUGAUUAUACACAACAGAAAGAGUUCCGUCCAUUUUACUGUGAUAUGUUUUAGCUAUUUUAUAUUUUUACCAGAUAUUUCAUUUUUCUUAAAUGGCAAAUGCUAUCAAAAUGUAUAUUUUAGACGAUCAUUUGACCAUCAUUUGACAUUUCUGGAAUAUUUUAUAUCAUGGCCACAUCGUUUUGCUAUAUAAGCGCAUUUAUUUUUGUUUUUCAACUAUUAUACCUUCACUAAAAUUGCUGGGUGCAUGUUGGGUGUCAAGUCUUAAAAAUGUAUUCAGUUCAAUGUUGAGCAAAUUUUUCCUUAACUCGCAGGAACCGACAGUUAUUGGCCCUUCUAACCAGCCUGCUUGUCAGUGCUGCUUGCCAGUCUGUAUACUAUUGCGACUUUAUAUUUUUGUAUGUUUUAUAUUUCAAUAUUUUAAACUUCGGACGGAAUUUUCCAAAUUUAAAGCAUAGAAAGUCUAUUGCACAAUUCAGCAAGUUAAGGGUUAAAUUUCAUACACAUAGUCCUCUGUCAAGAAAAGAUCGGAUGGUUUUGCAUAAUAUAUAGAAUAAUAUUUUUUGUCGACAUUCAGAUAUUUUUGUUAUGAUGUUGUUUUUUUCUGCUUUGAUUGUUCUCAUUGUAAAUGAACAUUAAACACUGAACUGUUUAAAAAGUGUGCCCGUCAAAUCGAUCUGUUUUACACUUACAUCUGCUACAG